UCCGCGUGCUCGUAUUUAAGCGCGCUGAUGCAACCCGAGCGCGCUCAGAGAGACAAGUAGUCGCGAGUGCCGAGAGCUCGUGCGCGGAGAACGACCAAGCGAGAGUGAUGAUGCCGACCUUGUCCCCCUUCGCGGGUUUUCCCGCCUCCACGCUGAGCGAGCAGCUCAAACUGGCUGAGAUGUUCAGCCUGCAGGCCACCAUGACCCCCAGCGAGAUCACACACAUGGGCAAGAGACCACUCAGCCUUCUGCAGAGCGAGAUGGCUGAUGAGGAGGAGAGGAGGAAGAGGAGGAGGGAGAAGAAUAAAGUCGCUGCUGCACGUUGUCGCAACAAAAAGAAAGAGCGAACUGAUUUCCUCCAGAAGGAGUCGGAGCGAUUGGAGGUAGUAAAUGCUGAUCUAAAGUCUCAGAUUGAGGAACUGAAGCAGGAACGUCAGCGUCUCGUCCACAUGCUCAACCUCCACCGACCCACGUGCAUCGUACGCAGGGACAGCGUCCAGACCCCAGAGAGCGAGACGAACCCCCUGCUGAAGCAGAUCUCGGCAUCGUGAGAUGCUCCGGGAGACCUGCAGGAGGAAGCAGUGGAGAUUUCACCCUCAAAAAGGAGGUCACUUCCUGGGUUUGUGGAAUUUCUAAAGACUAAAAGACACACUGGGGACAAGGGAAAAAAAUAAACAAAACGAAACAAGGGGUGUCAUGAAAAGUGGAACGUUGCCAAAAUAGCAUGAAGUCUCGAUUAUGAGCAGGAACGAGUCUGAGACUCUGAGAUGGACUUGUGGAUAUUUUGGGAUUUUUUUUUCAACAUCAAAGAAAUCAGACACCUUCCUGUUUGUGUUUAUUUCUCAUAGACCAAAGCACUGAGGAUUUGGACUUUUUCCAAAGCUGCCUUUAUAGAAAAAAGUUUUUCUACCCCUUUAUAUUUCUGUCAUUUUUGUUUAGAAAAACAGGAAGUCACACUUUGCUGCUCACUGAGACAGAAACGAGACAUUUGCAGGAUGCUUAAGAAAACAGCUUUCCUUUCCAAAAACGGAUGCACUUCCUGAUUUUUGUGGAUUUCCUGAUUGUUUCCUGAUUCGUUCCUCAAGAUGAGACGCUCCUGAGACGGAGACGAGACACACGUAUACGGAUGUGAUUUAAAAAAUUCUUUUUUUCUCCCCAUCUCGCUUCUUGAUUUUCUGUUUUAGUUUCUUCAUUUUUUUUCAAGUCAUGUAUUGACUUCCUGUUAGUAUUCUGGGAAACAGGAAGUGACAGAAGUAGCCGUACGUCUGCCUAGAAGCUCUUACUCCAAAGAUCACACAAAAUCUACAUAUUGCACUGUUCGUCGUGUAUUGUUGUGGUACACGUUUCAUAACAUUAUCACUAGGUCUUUUCAGUACUGUGGUACUAUUUAGCUAGUGUGCUAGCAUUAGCAUCGUAGCACGUCUGAUUCGGGACGUAACCUGUGGACAAACUAAGCAUGUUCAGAUCAACUCUUUUGACUUCGCAUUAGUGUGCGAAUCUUUGAGCAGCCACCAGAUGGCGGUGUUGCUCAUAUCGUAUGUUUGCUGAAUAUUUAGUUUCUUGAGGAUUUACCAUCAGAUUAUAAUAUUUUGCAAAAUUUGGAAUGGCUUUAUUUAAACAAAGCUAAAUAAAUAUUUAUUUAUAAACAAAAAAAGUUAAACACAGUGACAACUUAAUAAUGUAAUUAAUGUUGAUAAUGAUGUAACUUUAUCGCCCCCUGCUGCCAUGAAAGCGUAUGGCACACUCAUCGAAGCAGUUUUCAUCUCCAGACUUGACAUUAACGACUGUAUCGCUGCUGUGUCUUCCAUUAAUUCAGCAGAACGAAGGAUCAGGCAUCUCUGAUGCUCAUCCCCAGUGUGUUAUCGUAAUAACUGUGUUAUAUACAUCUAUGUUUGUGUGUUUGUACUUGAGGUAUCCUGUAUUUAGUGUACGGAAUGCUAUAUGAAACACUUGUUACAGUCACUUGAUGUGACGAGUCUCCUGUAAUGUUAUAUUAUAGUUUUUGUACCUACCGAGAUCUGCUGUGCGGAGUCUCUUCGGGCCGUGUGAUGCACAGUAAGGCCUUUUUAUAUAAAAUAAAUGAAAGUAUGGAAACAUAA